AUGUUUCUUUGGUUGGUGUGCUAUGCUCUUGUGCUGUGGAUAGCAUUCUUUUGGUUUAGUAGGAGACGAAUGUACCGAUUAGCGUCGGCGAUUCCGGGACCCGAUGAAGAAUUACCCAUUAUAGGGAUAGCGCAUACUCUGACUGGAAGCACUGAAGAUAUAAUGACAACAUUGCGAAAAUUCUGCUAUCUUGCGAUGAAGAAUGAUGGUAUUAUGCGAGCAUGGCUAGGACACAUCCUUUACUUUUUCGUUGUAGACCCAUUGGACCUGGAGAUGGUGCUAAAAACCUGUUUGGAGAAGGAUGAUCUACAUCGUUUUAUGAAAAAAGUUAUCGGAAAUGGGGUAAUUUUUGCACCAGUGGCAAUCUGGAGGAAACGGCGUAAGAUAUUAAUACCAGCUUUUAGUCCAAAAAUAGUUGAAAAUUUCGUGGAAGUAUUUUCGGAGCAAAGCGAGAAGCUAGCUGUACAAUUAAAGGAGGUUGAAGGCUGUGGCCAAGUUAGCGUUUGGCGUUUCCUCAGCACUUAUUCGCUCGACGCUGUGGGUGAAACGGCAAUGGGAAUAAAAAUAAAUGCACAAGAUAACCCAAAUGCUCCAUUUUUAAAAGCGAUGCAAAUUUUGCUCAAUUUAGUGAGUGAAAGAGUUUUUCACUUGUGGUUACAACCUGAUUGGCUGUACAAAUUCUUCCCACAGUACUCUAAGCACCAGAAAUAUUUAAAGGUGACGCACGACUUCACAGAUAAGGUUAUAUAUAACAAGAGAGAAAAUUUAAAAAAGGAAAAUAGUUAUCACUCAGAGUUGGAUCACGAGUUUGACCUGGGAUUUUACAAAAGACAAUCGUUCCUGGAUCUUUUGAUAAAUCUCUCUGGCGGUGAGAAAGGUUAUAGCGAUAAGGAGUUGAGAGAAGAAGUUCUGACAUUAAGUGUAGCAGGCACAGACACCUCUGCUGUGGCGAUGGGUUAUACCUUAAAGAUGUUAGCAAAAUAUCCAGAGGUACAAGACAGAGUUUUUAAAGAGCUACAAGAAGUAUUUGGUGACUCAGAUCGACCAUUGAUUAAAGAAGAUUUAAUAAAUUUAAAGUAUCUCGAAAGGGUGGUAAAGGAGUCACUUAGAUUGUAUCCUCCGGUUCCAUUCAUUAUAAGAAAAGUUUUAGAGGAAGUUGUAUUACCAUCAGGUCGCGUCCUUCCUGCUGGAUCUGGUAUAGUAGUCAGCAUCUGGGGUGUUCAUCGAGAUCCGAAAUAUUGGGGUCCAGAUGCUGAAUGCUUUGACCCUGACAGGUUCCUACCCGAAAGGUUCAAUUUACAACACACGUGUAGCUAUAUGCCUUUUAGCAAUGGACCCAGGAACUGUGUUGGUUACCAAUACGCCUUAAUGUCAAUGAAGACAGCUUUAUCUGCAAUUGUCAGACGAUACAAGAUUGUGGGAGACGAAGAGCCCGACCCUAUUCCUUUUAUUAAAACUAAGCUGGACGUCAUGAUGAAAGCAGUUGAUGAUUACAAAAUAGGUCUAGAGAAGAGAAGAACGAAGAACAUUAUAAGAUAA